UGCGUAUUCAUGUCUAUGGUUCGAGCUAACUUGUCACGUGAUGAAGGUCAACUGACUUGCAUGCGCGACACACAACUGCGUGUUUCCAAACUGGUUACGAGUGCAGUACUCUAGUGAACUCCCAAAGUCCGUAAUAUAAUUUUCCAGUGCCUACAGCUAGCCCUGCUGCUACUCCCUGAUGGCUGACCAGCAGCCGUCCGUCCUGCUGAACACCGGGGCGCGGAUGCCCCUCCUGGGCCUGGGCACGUUCCGCCUCCGGGGCGCGGAGGACACGGAGCGGGCCGUCGACGCGGCGCUGGCCGCGGGCUACCGCUCGUUCGACACCGCGGCCGUGUACCGCAACGAGGCCGAGCUGGGCCACGCCCUCCGCGCCCUCCUGCCCAAGCACGGCCUGACGCGCGCCGACGUCUUCGUCACCAGCAAGCUGGGGCCCCGGGACCAGGGCCCCGGGGCGGGGGAGGGGUGCGCGCAGAGCCUGGAGCGGCUGGCGCUCGGGUACGUCGACCUCUACCUCGUGCACUGGCCCGGGACGCAGGGCCUGCCGGUCGGGGACCGGCGGAACGCGGGGAACCGGGCCGAGAGCUGGGCGGCGCUGGAGCGGUUCCACGCCGACGGAAGGUUCCGGGCCGUCGGCGUCUCCAACUACACGCCCGGGCACCUGCGGGAGCUGCUGCGGGAGUGCCGGGUGCCCCCCGCCGUGCUCCAGGUGGAGUUCCACCCGAAGCUGGCCCAGGGGGAGCUGAGGGGGCUCUGCGGGGAGACGGGCGUCUGCUUCCAGGCCUACUCGUCCCUGGGGGCCGGGGCCCUGCUCUCAGACCCGGUGGUUCGGGCUGCGGCCGCGGGGUGCGACCGCACCCCGGCCCAGGUGCUGCUCCGGUGGGCCGUGCAGCAGGGCGUGCCCGUGCUGCCCAAGUCGUCCCAGCCCGAGAGGGUGGCGGAGAACGGCCGGGUCUUCGACUUCCACCUGAGCGAGGAGGACAUGGGGAGGCUGUCGGCCCUGGAUUGUGGGGAGAAGUACUGUUGGGACCCGUCUGCAGUGGCCUAGAGGCAAAGCCCUGGUAAUGAGGUGGCCCGUUGCGUAGCGGUUAAGGUGCAUGGCUGGGACCAGCAAGAUAUUGCGGCUCCACUCGAUCCCUGGUGUAGCCACAACGGGCCCUUAACCCCGCAUUGCUCCUGGGGAGGAUUGUCUCCUGCUUCUAAUCAACUCUCUGGAUAAGAGCGUCUGCCAAAUGCCAUUAAUGUAAUGUAAUGGAGAGAAGAAACACCAAAAAACUUGUGGAAGGUGCUGGCUCGCAGGAACAAAAAAGAAAAGACUUCCAUACUUGGUAAAUGCUCCAAAAACAAAUAAUGUUAUUUAUUUUACCAUGUGGUUGGUUAAUGUUUUGACCACAUCUGUCUUGAUCAGAACACUUGCUUGCCAUUCAAAGAGGUACAUUUAGCACUUGCGCCCUAAGGCUGACAUUACGCUGCAUGUGUUGUGUAUGCAUAGCGGAAGUCACAGGAUGCCUGUUAAGUCAUCCGUACGUGUGUGAGGUAUACUCCUAUUGCCCAGACCUUAGUGGGUGGUGUAUUAUCUAUGCAUCAUAUAGUGUUUUACAAAACUUCAUAAUAAUUCUAUACAAUAUUUGGGACUGCAAGCCCUCCCAGCAAACCCUCCCAGAUGGGCUACUUGACUGCCCUUUACUUACCAUGACUCAUAGAGAGCCAAUGUCUACAAUGAGUUUGUGAUCUGGCCAGUAUCUAAGUGGCAUCCCAUUAAGAUGGCCUUAAUUUCUACUGAAGGUAAGUCCAUUGAGAAACCUUUUCAGCCUAAUGGGACCAGAUGAGGAGCUCUCUUCCAAUGUCUUGUGUUGCACAAUGGAUAAGGUGGAGAAUAUUUCAGCUGUCCUAGUGGAGACUCCCGGCUGACUGCUUCCAUUAUAGCUGAUUAAUACAGUACCAUUCCUUAUGAGAUGGCUGUAAAUCUAGCUUGGACAGACAUAACAAGGUGGAUUCAUAUUUCAGGACAUGCCACAAUUUAAAAUCAGUUGUCUAAUCUAAUAUUUGUGCUGUUGAGGUUUUGUUAAACCACUUCACGAGUGGUGUUUGGUCCUCAUGGAAACAAAACAACUUCUGACUGGAAACUAGAAACCCUUGUAGGAUUAGGGUAACCUCCUUCUGUACUUUUAGUAUAAUUGAGAUGAUUCCUCUCAUUAAGAAUGUUCUCUCGUUGCCUUUGUUUAUUCCAGUUUAGCCCCCGGUGACUGAGGGCUGAGGACUUUUUAGUUCUGCAGUAUUUUUACUGUAUUGACUGUUUUGCAAAUGUGGCUUGAGGUAUUAAAAUGUGAUUAAUUAAG